GAACCUGAAAAUAGCGAAUUGCAAAAAAAAAAAAUAAUAUAAAGGAUAUUCACAAAGAAAAAAAUAUUGCAAGAAUACUUCCACUUUAUUAAGUGUUUCGUUGUGUAAUUGAAGUACAUAGUUCAGUGACAAAAUAUCGUUUGAUUACAAAAUACAUAAGAAAAAUCUUUACAUAAAUUCUCAAAAGCCUGUUCAAGCAAAAUUUUAAUUCCACUGAAAAAUUAACGUGUAACUCAACUGCGUGGAGGGACAGCGGUUAACGCUAAAUACAUCAUUAAUUACAAACAAACAAAAGAUAUCCAAAGUCCUUGCUCUUUCGACGAUCCAGCAACCACAUACUGUGUGAGAGAUUCCACAGAGUCAAGCUAUCACACGCCGAAGCGCAACCAAGCCACCGCGCAAGCAACAAAAUCAAUUGUCUCAAGUGGAAGGACAACAAAAACUAUUAGGACAAUUAAUCGGGAAAUUUACGCACUGCCGAGCAAGCGCAUCUAAGAACGCUUGUUCGCAUUUUUGGUGCACAAACCCACCCACUACCCCACCCACAUAAGUCAAUUAACCACAUAACCAGCUAAUUAAUCAACUAAAACUCCCACGAAAAUCUCCAUUUCUCUUCAUAAUCCACCCGAAUCACUGCUUCCAACAUGACGCGCCUCACCGCACUACUCACUCUCUCCCUACUCUCUGUCCUCCUCUCCUGCUGUCGUGCCAUACCCAACGAUGUGUACAUGAAAAUGUUGGCCGCCCAGGCGCCCACCGACCCCUGUUACGACGAUGACAAGGCGCGCAAGUGCAUACCCGAUUUUGUGAAUGCCGCCUUUGGUGCGCCCGUGCAGGCCUCCAGCACCUGCGGACUCGAUCAGCCGCAGCGCUACUGUGAAUUGAGCGGCAUGAGCUCGACUGCCGAUCCACAGGCUAUGACUUGCCACAUCUGCGACUACUCGAAUGCCGCGCGUCGUUUUCCGGAAUCAGCGCUCACCGACUUGAAUAAUUCGAAUAAUGUCACUUGCUGGCGUUCGGCACCCGUCCCGCCGGUGACUAGCAUGAAUGCGCCACCUGAUAAUGUUUCGCUCACACUAUCGCUGGGCAAGAAGUACGAAUUGACCUAUGUAAGCCUACAACUGUGUCCCAAGUCACUCAAGCCCGAUUCGAUUGCAAUUUACAAGAGUUCUGAUUAUGGCAAAACUUGGCAACCAUUUCAAUUCUACAGUUCGCAAUGUCGUCGCGUCUACGGUCGUCCGAAUCGUGCCACCAUCACGAAGCAUAACGAACAUGAGCCACGUUGCACCGACUCACAUCGGCAGGUGGGUGAUGUUACCGGACUGCAAGGAUCGCGUAUCGCUUUUAGCACACUCGAAGGACGUCCGUCUGCGCGUGACUUGGAUUCGUCGCAAGUGUUGCAGGAAUGGGUUACCGCCACGGAUAUCAAAGUGGUCUUCCAUCGGCUGCAAAUGCCCGAACCGAAUGCGUUGAAUGUGCUGGAGACCAAUGGCGCUGAUGUGAAGCCAAAUGGCAAGUACAGCGAGGCAUCAUCCAAUUCGGUGUUGAUUCAACAGUACGGUUCCAAUGCGAUCGAUCAGGCAGCUGAAGCUGUGGUUAUACCUGCGGCGGUGACCAUCUCUAGCGCUGCAGCUCCACACUCGGGCGCCGCUAGUUUAGGACAACAUUAUGCUGUGUCGGAUUUCCUUGUCGGUGGACGUUGCAAGUGCAAUGGACACGCUUCCAAGUGCUCACCCGAUCAUAACGGUAUGCUCGCAUGCGAAUGUAAACACAAUACGAUGGGACGCGACUGUGAACGCUGCAAGCCGUUCCACUUCGAUCGGCCAUGGGGUCGAGCAACGGCACGUGAUGCCAAUGAAUGCAAAAUAUGCAACUGCAAUAAUCACGCCCGUCAAUGCCGCUUUAAUAUGGAGCUCUUUAAAUUGUCCGGUCGUGUAUCCGGCGGCGUUUGUCAAAAUUGUCGUCACUAUACUACUGGCCGCCACUGUCACUACUGCAAGGAAGGCUAUUAUCGCGAUCCGUCUAAGCCACUGAAUCAUCGUCGUGUAUGCAAACCCUGCGAAUGCCAUCCAAUCGGUUCUUCUGGCAAAACUUGCAACAACACCUCUGGCCAAUGUCCCUGCAAGGAUGGUGUGACCGGUCUCACCUGCAAUCGCUGCGCGCGUGGCUAUCAACAGAGUCGUUCACACAUUGCGCCAUGCAUCAAAAUUCCUGCUCGUAAAGCGAAUAUGUUGGAUACACAGAAUACUGCACCUGAACCCGAUCCACACGAUUCCAAUGCACCUUAUCGCACUGAAGGUGGGAGGGAAUGCGAAAGAUGCAAAAUAAGCACAAAAAGGUUAAACCUCAACAAAUUCUGCAAAAGAGAUUACGCAAUAAUGGCGAAGGUGAUUGGCCGCGAAGCGAGCACCGAAGUAACGAGCAGCAGCGAGCAGUACACCAAAGAAAAUCAACAAAUGGAUCCCGACGACGAAGCGGAAGCCAUGGAAUCCACCUCACCCGAAACGGUCAAAUACGAUAUACAAAUACAGGCGAUCUUCAAGCGUACCCCACUCGAAUACGCAACAACGAAUACAAUCCUAAAACGGGGACCUUUGACCUGGAUCAUACCGAUUAAGAAUCUUGAAUGUCGUUGUCCCAGAAUCAAAAUGAAUCGCUCCUAUCUGAUACUGGGCAAAGAUUCGGAAUCGCCACCCGGCUAUCUUGGCAUCGGGCCGCGUUCCAUUGUGAUCGAAUGGAAGGAUGAAUGGUAUCGACGUAUGAAACGAUUUCAGCGACGUGCGCGAACGUGUCAGUAAAUAAAAAAAAAGAAGGAAACUAAAACCCACACACUUCCGAAUACAUAUGCACACAAACGCAUACGCAUACGCAUAUUUUAAAUGUAUUUGUAUUUAUUAUAAAUAAUAAUAAUUUGGGAUAAUUCUUAAGGCUAAACUACUUAAAUGCAUUUAAAGUGAAAAAAUAUUAACACAUCCAUACAUGCACACAUGCGUACCAACAUAAAUACGUAAAUUUAAAUGCUUUUGAAUGAAACUGAUCAUUUUUCGCUGUGUAAAAAUUGAAUAUUUUUAGCGUACUUAAGUUAGGGUUUUCUAAAAAAAAAAAACUAUAGGUGGCAAUAAU